GUUUUAGUUGUUAAGAAUGUCACUGAUAGCAGACUUAGUGUGGAUAAAGCGUGGAGUACCUAAAGCUGUACCGGACAAGGUGAAGUUAUCAUCAGAAGAAAUCAGAACUUUAAUUCAAGAAGGCGAACCGGAAACCAGUGAAUUAUCCGAUACGGAUGAUAUAUCUGGUAGAGGAACUGAACGACAAAGAGCUAUUCGUGGUUCAAGUCACGAUGUAGCGGACGAAGAAAUGGAUACUGACAGGUAUAGGUUGGAUCAAUAUGAUGAAGAUGAUGACGAAAGGCCUAAUCCUCUGGCUGGAAUAACGACAUUUGCAUCACCUAUGGAAGACCCACACAUAACGACUUAUGUGAAUAGUGAUGAAGAAGACCAAGAAGAUUUUGAAAUUAAACCGGACGAUAAUCUUGUUGCAGUUGCUAAAGUUUACAAGAAUGAAUAUACUUUGGAAGUGUAUUUAUACAAUGAGGCAGAAAAUGAUUGGUACGUUCACCAUGAUUACAUUUUGGAUGUUCCACCGUUAUGUUUGGAGCCGAUAUAUUUUGACCCAGGAAAUGAAAAUAAAAAAGGCAACCUCGUAGCCAUUGGCGGUAUUGAUUCAUCAAUAAGUAUUUGGGAUUUGGAUUUAGUGAACUCAGUAGAACCGACAGUAAUCCUUGGCAAUGCGAAAACCGCGAAGAGAAAGCGACAAAAGCGUGAUGGCAGUGCACAACAACAUUCUAGUGCUGUACUUUCGUUAGCGUGGAAUCGCUUAACGGAACAUGUUCUGGCAUCUGGAGGCACUGAUAAUUCCGUGAUUUUGUGGGAUCUUGAAGAAACGAAACCUGCAACAAUUGCAACACAUUUCGAUGGAAUGGUGCAAGCCGUGGAAUGGCAUCCAGCGGAAUCGACUCUUCUUUUAACAGGGACUUUAUCAAGUCAAGUUGGAUUAACAGACUGUAGGAAAUUUGACAAUUUAUGCAAACAGUGGGAAGUAAGUGGUGAAGUGGAACGAGUUACAUGGAAUCAUUUCUCUCCAUUUUAUUUCUUUGUCGUCACUGACAACGGCCAUUUCUAUUACAUGGAUACGCGUAAAAAUGAACCAGUUAUAUCGAAAAAAGUACAUGACGGUGGUGCUCGUAGCGUGGUACAAAGUUAUUAUACCAAGGAUCUGUUAUCAACAUGUGGUCAAGAUGGGCUGUUAAAAGUUUGGCGCUUGGGAGAAAAUAGCAGUGAUUUGGAACUUAUUACAGAGCAUAAUAUGAACCUUGGUGGUCUACAUAUAUGUCGUUUUUCACCAGAUUCUGGAAGUGUCCUUGCAGUUGGUGGUGAGAAAGAAGAAAUGGUGAAAAUUGUUGAAGUUAGUAAAUUCGAAGAAGUAAGAACAGCAUUCAAUUGAUGCUUCAAAAACAUCUUUUUGGAACCUUUGUAUUUCUUUUAACAAAUUGAGGCAUUUCCCCUUACACUAAAUGCUUCUAAAUUUGGACGAGGAAGAACUUCUUUUUCAGACGAGGUAAUUACAAAUAAUACUGUACAGAGUAUAACUACUUGUUUGUUUUCCCAUUCCAACUGCUUUACUUUACAACUUUGUUAUUUUUCUUUCUGUUAGAUUUCUGGAUUAGGGAUAUAAAUGAAAUUAUACUCAGUGAUACAAAUGAUGAAAAUUACAUAGUCGGCUGUACUUUUUCGUCGCUUCUUAUCAAUUUCUACUUGUUGAAAUUACUGUUAUCUAACAAACACCC